AUGGUAGGCGAUCCGCUGACUAAAAUGUUAGAGGCAUUGUCAAAUGAAUUUUUUAGCCAGCGAAUGGGCGGAGUGGGUGGAGGGUUGCUAAGGGAUAUCCUUGCUGUUUCAACAAAUCUUCCUACUAUCAGUAGGAUGUUUCCUAAGGACACGCUGCUUUGGAAACUGGAAAUGCUUAAGUAUGCUAUUGCUUCUGUGAAUUCUCACAUAUACUCAGUCAGAGCGGAAACACUCCUACUAAUGAGUGGACGCGAUCAGUGGCUGCUGAACGAGGAAGACAUUGACAGAUACUCGCGAACGUUGCCAAAAUGUAUAGUCCGUAAGCUUGAUGACAAUGGACAGUCUCCCCUUUUGGAGGAAGGCGUAGAUCUGGCUACUAUAAUCAAGUGUACUUGUUUUUAUCGCCGUGGGAAGUCUCAUGAUCACAUUACGGAUUACAUUAUGCCUACCAGAUAUGAGUUAAAACAACAAGUAGACGAUCAUCGAUUUCUAUUGGAUGGUACUUCUCCUGUAAUGCUGUCAACUCUAGAAGACGGCACACUUGUAAGGAGCCUCGAAGGAUUACCAUCAGAGGGACCAGUUCUGUACGUUGGUUAUCACAUGAUAUUGGGAUUUGAGUUGGCUCCAAUGGUACUUCAACUCAUGAAAGAGAGGAAUAUUCACCUGCGGGGUUUGACACAUCCGCUGGUAUUUAAGAAUCUCCCAGACUCGGUAGUCGAUACAAAGAUGUUUGACAAAUAUAAGAUAAUGGGUGGAGUCCCAGUCUCCAAUUUCAGUAUCUACAAACUACUGCGUGAAAAGGCUCAUGUGCUUUUGUAUCCUGGAGGUGUCCGUGAAGCUUUGCAUAGAAAGGGUGAAGCAUACAAGCUGUUUUGGCCAGAACGAUCCGAGUUUGUGAGAGUUGCAUCUAAGUUUGGGGCUAAAAUAGUUCCUUUUGGUGUUGUUGGAGAAGACGACAUCUGCGAAAUUGUCCUGGAUUCCAAUGAUCAAAGGAACAUCCCUAUCUUGAAGGAUUUAGUGGAAAAGGCAACAAACGACGCUGGCAACAUAAGGGAAGGCGACGAGAGCGAAUUGGGGAACCAAGAUAUCUAUUUACCAGGAAUUAUACCUAAGAUUCCAGGGCGGUUCUACUAUUACUUUGGCAAACCAAUAGAAACAGCAGGUGAGGAGAAAGAGCUGAAAGACAAAGAGAAGGCACACGAGCUUUAUUUGCAAGUCAAGUCUGAGGUUGAACAAUGCGUUGCAUAUUUAAAAAUGAAAAGAGAGAGUGAUCCUUACCGACACUUGUUGCCAAGGAUGUUGUAUCAAGCAACACAUGGUUGGUCUUCUGAAAUUCCUACGUUUGAUCUCUAAAUAAAAUCUCUCUUUUAUUUUUUUAAACUAUGAUGUGGCUCUUUAUAUGUUGUACACAUCUAAUCAUAUGAUAUUUAGAAAUUUUAAGAUUCUGAUUCUUUAGUGAUCUA